ACAUGACUUGCCCAAGAGCAGAGGCUAGGUAUCGUAACCUCAAGGCCAGUCCUCAGUCUACGGCCUCUUGAAAGCCAACGAUGUCAUAUUGCAUGAGUAAGGAGCCCUUCCCUUCUGGAUGAGGAGGAGAACUGUGCAUAUAUGCGGCACCGGCACUGGGAGGGCUCCUCCUCCUGGUCAUGAUCAUUCUGUCCACCUGUCUGUGUUGGCUCCAUCGGAGAGUAAAGAGGCUGGAGAGGAGCUGGAGCAGGAGCUCCACUAUGCAUCUCUGCAGAGGCUACCAGGGACAGGCGGUGCUGAGGGGCUCGACCUCAGCGAGGGAGACGGGAAGGAUGCCAAGGAAGACCCCAGUGCUGACUAUGCCUGCAUUGCCAAGAAAAAACCCACCUAAGCACCCCUAGAUGCCUCCCUCAACCCCAGCAGGUGGACAGGGUCAUCCUGUGGUUUAUUCAGUAAAGGCCGUGGUCUCCCCACCUGUGUCUCAGGCUUCUCUGUCCAUCUCAAGCCCCCAUUCAAAAUGAACACAGUCAAAACUUAAGUGGCUUACCACCACUGCACUCCCACUCACUUUGGGGUCAAGUGAUGAUUUAUUGGAUCAAGAAGGGCAUUUAAGAACUCGAGAUCCCCUACAGGUCAUGAAAGAGUAUUUUUCUGUGGGCCUGGCCAGAAUGAGGUUGUUGACAAGUAGGAAUAAUAGAUGCCAUAGUCCCCACACCUCAGGAGAAUCUACCUCAGCCCCCUGGACCUGGGAGAGGUGGGUGUGUUGAGCCUCAGGAAGGUGGUGGGAAGGGGCUCGGGGCUCGAUUUAGGGAAGCAUCCUCCUUGGGCCUUUCUGGUCUGGACUUGGUAGAGGGGAUAAGAGCCUGGGGCCCCUGGAGAGGGGCAUGUUGGGGCCCCCAGAGAAUGGAGAG